AUAGGAAAGAAUAAGAUAAUGAGAGAAAAUAGGCGUACGCAAAAUGUGUCCUCACAUCCUGUUUUUCACUUCCUCCUCAAUGGUCGUGAAUGAACCAGUUUCGGACGGUCUGUAUGCGCAUGGAAUAUACCACAGCACAUUGUCAAUAUUGCACACGCACCCUUUCUGUGGACACUUUUACAGGCCACAUAAAUUGUAGAAGACAUUUGUGCGCGGUGAAAUUCUGAAUCCGUAUUUUUCCCACAAUAUGAGUGAUUUCUGAUAGCAAGAGGCCAGAGGGUUCUGUGGGACCUUUUAAACACUUCUGACAGGAUGGAGAAGAAAGACGUGAAGAUCAUCAACCAGGGCCUGGAGGACGAGAUGGAGGUGUGGGGUUACCGGCCGUGCCCCUGGAAGAUGGUUCUGGUGGCCGUUGGGGCGGUGUGCACCGGGGGGCUGCUGUUUCUGGUGCUCUACUGGCUGCCUGAGUGGGGAGUGAGAGGGACCUGCACACGGACCCCCUUCAUCAGGGAGUCCCAGACACUGCUGCUAAGAUCCACGGACGAGUUUAGGAGAUGGUUCCGGGCCAAGGUACAUGUGAUGCUAGCCCCUGGAAAGAGACCCUUUGACGGUGUCGAUCUCCUAAGCCCUCUGCACAUACCUAAUGGGGACAGUAUACACUCCUUCAGUGCCCUCCAAGAUGAACUUCAGGGAAAAUACAUCCAUAUCCAGCCAGUUCAGGUUUGCUACUUCACCCACCACAGCACAAAAUACUACUGGAAUGAUCUGCUUCAGAAUUUUGAAGUGUUUAAAGGUUUGGAGGAUGUCAGGGUGACUUGUUCCAGCAUCCACACUGACCACAGCUCUGGUCUCAGCAAACUACUUCAGGACUACAGGAGACUGUUCUUUGAAGUGAAUGAGAUAGCAGUUAAGGUGCCAUCUGUGUUCAAGCUACUCAUAAAAGAGGUCCUGAAUCCGUUCUACAUAUUCCAGCUCUUCAGCGUGAUUCUGUGGAGCAUUGAACAGUAUUACUACUACGCCGCUGCCAUAGUCUUCAUGUCUGUCAUAUCCAUCGCUACCUCGCUGUACACCGUCAAGAAGCAAUACAUCAUGCUGCAUGACAUGGUGGCGACACACAGUAUUGUACGUGUCUCAGUGUGCAGAGGGACUCUAGAUGUCGAGGAGGCCAUGUCCACAGAGCUGGUCCCCGGUGAUGUCAUCGUCAUCCCGUCCAAUGGAAUGAUCAUGCCCUGUGACGCCGUGCUGGUUCAUGGAAACUGCAUCGUCAACGAGAGCAUGCUGACAGGUGAGAGUGUGCCUGUCACCAAGACCAGCCUACCCAGCUCAGGAGAAGAUGGGGCUGGCGUCUAUAGCAUAGAGGAACACAAGAGACACACGCUGUUCUGUGGCACUCACAUCAUUCAGACCCGCUUCUACACCGGGGAACUGGUCAAGGCUGUGGUGGUCAGGACUGGUUUCAGCACAGAGAAGGGCCAGCUGGUGCGCUCCAUCCUGUACCCCAAGCCCACUGACUUCAAGCUGUACAGAGAUGCCUAUCUCUUCCUGCUCUGUCUGGUGGGAGUGGCCGGCAUUGGCUUCAUCUACACCAUCGUCCUCAGCAUCAUAAACCAGGUUCCAGCCAAAACCAUAGUGGUUGAAUCUCUGGACAUUAUCACCAUCACGGUGCCCCCGGCGCUGCCUGCAGCCAUGACAGCUGGCAUCGUCUAUGCCCAGCGCCGGCUGAAACGUGUGGGUAUCUUCUGCAUCAGCCCCCAGAGGAUCAACAUCUGUGGCCAACUCAACCUCGUCUGCUUCGACAAGACUGGUACUCUCACUGAAGAUGGUUUGGACCUUUGGGGGAUCCAGAGAGUUGAAAAUGGCAGUUUCUCUCCCCCAGAGGAUGACCCAGCCAAUGAGACACUAGUCAGGUCCUCGUUUGUGUCUUGCAUGGCCACCUGCCACUCUCUGACCAAGCUAGAGGGAGAGCUCUCCGGAGACCCAAUGGACCUGAAGAUGUUCAACGCUACAGGCUGGAUUCUAGAGGAGCCAACAGAGGAAGAAACAGCCCUCCACAAUCCCAUAAUGCCCACCGUGGUGCGGCCACCCAAACAGGUGCUCCCAGAGGUCAACCAGGAAGUCAAUCUAGCACAGAACAUGGAGCUGUCUGAGCUGACGUUGUCCUAUGAGAUUGGGAUCGUCCGCCAGUUUCCUUUCUCGUCGGCUCUACAGAGGAUGAGUGUGGUGGUCCGGAAGCUGGGGGAGAAGCGCAUGGACGCCUACCUCAAGGGGGCGCCAGAGGUUGUGGCCAGCCUCUGCGCAGAGGACACAAUACCAGAGAGCUUCACAGAGACCUUGGAGUUUUACACCAGGCAGGGGUUCAGAGUCAUAGCCUUGGCCCAUCGCCAGCUGGAGGCCAAACUCUCCUGGCACAAGGUCCAGAACCUCAACAGAGAUCUCAUAGAGACCAAUAUGGAGUUCCUUGGGCUCAUAAUCAUGCAAAACAAGCUAAAGGAAGAGACUUCUGGGGUUUUAAAAGACCUGCGAUGUGCAAACAUCCGUACUGUGAUGGUUACAGGCGAUAAUAUGCUAACCGCGAUAUCAGUAGCCAGAGACUGUGGGAUGAUAACCCCUCAUGAGAGGGUCAUCGUAGCAGACGCCACACCUCCCAAAGACAUCCAGCCUGCUACGAUCAAUUGGCACUACACAGAGAACCACGCCACCAGCAAAGACAACCGUGUUGAGUCAGUGGAAAUCAGCCUUGACGAUGUGGGCCAUGAGGCUUAUGGUGAGCAGCACAAGCAGGGCUACCACUUUGCCAUGAGUGGCAGAUCCUUUGCUGUCAUCACCGAACACUUCCCUGACCUAGUCCAAAAGCUGGCACUGCAUGCCACAAUUUUCGCCCGCAUGGCUCCUGACCAGAAGACUCAGCUGGUAGAGGUCCUACAGAGUGUGGACUAUACUGUAGGGAUGUGUGGUGAUGGUGCCAAUGACUGUGGCGCCCUAAAGAGAGCUCACAGUGGGAUCUCUCUGUCAGAGCUGGAGGCCUCGGUCGCCUCCCCCUUCACCUCCUCCACCGCCAACAUCUCCUGUGUGCCCAACCUCAUUAGAGAGGGGAGAGCUGCUCUCAUCACCUCCUUCUGUGUGUUCAAGUUCAUGGCCCUGUACAGCAUCAUCCAGUACCUCAGUGUCACGCUCCUCUACUCUAUCCUCAGCAACCUGGGAGACUUCCAGUUCCUCUUCAUUGACGUUGCUAUCAUUCUGAUCAUUGCCUUCACAAUGAGUCUGAACCCGGCGUGGAAGGUUCUGGUGGCGCAGCGCCCCCCGUCCAGUCUAAUCUCAGGCCCUCUGCUGUUCUCCGUGCUGACCCAGAUCCUCACCUGUCUGGCCUUCCAGAUCCUGGCCUUCCUCUGGGUCCGGGGCCAGAACUGGUACGAGAAAUGGACGCCCCUCUCAGAUGCCUGUAAUGUUUCCAGUACCAAUCUCACCCAUGGUCCAAACAUAACGUCACAUGUCGACCACAAGAACAUCAGGAACUAUGAGAACACUACACUCUUCUACGUCUCCUCCUUCCAGUACCUGGCAGUGGCCAUCAUCUUCUCCAAGGGAAAACCUUUCAGACAGCCAAGCUAUAAAAACUGGCCGUUCAUGCUUUCCUGUAUGGCUCUGUACAUAUUCCUCUUCAUGAUCAUGCUGUAUCCUGUUCCUGCCAUCGACAAUUUCCUGGAGAUUGUGUGUGUUCCCCAUGAAUGGCGCAUAACAGUGGUCAUCAUUGUCCUAGUGAACGCUGCUGUGUCUUUCCUAUUGGAGACUUUGGUCCUUGACAUCAUCUUAUGGAAGCUGGUGUUCAGUCGAGACAAGCAGGGGGGCAGCGAUGGCAUGGCCGUCACCUCCGCUACUCUCACACCUCAGUCUGCUAAUGAGCGUUGGUGCACGGCGUUCCUCUCCUGGCUGUUCUGUCGGAAGGGGAAGACCCCCAGAGUGCGCUACAUGCAAGUCGCCCAGGAGCUGCAGGAGGACCCCGACUGGCCCCCCAAACCUGCUACCGUCACCUACACCACCAGCACCCCCCUCCACACUGUCAGCAUGUGACACAAAAAAAUAUAUUUAACCAGGCAUGUCAGUUAAUUAAAAAAAUCUUAUUUACAAUGACUGCCUACCCCGGCCACACCCUCCCCUAACCCGGACGACGCUGGGCCAAUUGUGCGCCGCCCUAUGGUACUCCUUAUCAUGGCCAGUUGUGAUACAGUCUGGGAUCGAACCAGGGUCUCCAGUGAUGCCACUAGCACUGAGAUGCAGUGUCUUAGACCACUGUGCAACUCGGGAGGCAUACAGUACCCAGUCUAGGACCUUCCAUUCCCCGGACCAGGUUUAUUACCAGUAUCAAGUAUAGAACCUUCCUUUGCCUGGACAAGUAGGGCUGUGAUGAUACCAGUAUAGCAAUAUUAUUUCCAUGGCAAAAAUGAAAACAUGAAGCAGACCAAACUCUUAGGUAUUUUAAAAACCUGCUGUAAGUCAAAUAUUUUCUGCAAUAGGCAGGUUGGUUGUUGAGUAACAAAACGGACGCGUGCGUAACUAUGAGGAAAAACUGAUGGGUUGGCUUAGAUUGUUGACAUGUCAACUAUAUUUAUUCUCCAAUGUUUAUUGAAAACCAAAAUCCAUUUGCACAAUGAGCACUUGUCUCUCAAAUACAUUGUAACAGUUGUUAGCUAGCUAGCGAAUUUCAGCCAUAUUAGCAUUGACAUGAAAUCAGUCAAAACACCUCAAAACAAGACAUGGUAUCAAGAAGAUGAAACUAAGUGAAAUGAGUCACUUACAGACUUCUGCCCCAUUUGAUGUGUGUGCAUCGUUUUCGUGACAUUGUCAGCUAACCCAUCUAUAGCUAGGAAAAUCAAUAAAUGUGACUUCAACAUAAGGGCUGUUUUCCUAAAGAAGUUAAAUCUGCUUCGUUUUUCCUAUCCAAGAUAAUACCAAGUAUCGCAAUACUGAUAUCGUCCCGUGCCUAGUUUAGAACCAAUAUCGAGUCUAGAACCUUCCAUUGCCUGGACAACUGACCUGGUUUAUAAUCAAUAUCGAGUCUAGAGCCUUCCAUUGCCUGGACAACUGACCUGGUUUAUAACCAAUAUCGUGUCUAGAACCUUCCAUUGCCUGGACAACUGACUGGUUUAUAACCAAUAUCGUGUCUAGAACCUUCCAUUGCCUGGACAACUGACUAGUUUAUUACCAAUAUCGAGUCUAGAACCUUCCAUUGCCUGGACAACUGACUGGUUUAUAACCAAUAUCGAGUCUAGAACCUUCCAUUGCCUGGACAACUAGCCCCAUAUCCAGGACUAAACAAAAAGAAUCAUGUGAAAUCACAUCAUGAGCUUGCAAUCAGACUGUGAUCCUGUCAACUUCUUGACCAUAACUAGACCUUAACUGCUCCGUCCUUACCCAUAACCCACAAACCACACAUAGAACCCCAGCAAUAUGACUACUGACAGGUUGGCCCAUACUGGGCAUUUAUCACCUUCUUUUUGCUAUUAGUUUAGCCUUGGUGUCGAGGCCCAGAGAUUAUGUCUUUCCAAUACAGGGCUUGCCUUGCACUCACCACAGGUUGAUUUUUCAGCUUCACAAAGACUAAGAACUAUGGAAUCGUCCACUAACACUUUCUCACCUGCCUUGAUUGCUGCUCCAACGAAAUGUCAAGAGUUAAAGAGAACAUGUGUGAACAGGACCGUACUGAGGGAAAUGGAGGGAUUUUUAAAAACAAAUUUAUCAACACACCCAGAUUAUGCAUUUUGAAAGCACUGUGUGUGUGUUUUAAGUGUGAGUGGUACUACUGUAUUUGCCAAGAUUGAAUAACAUUCCAAUGCACCAAUAAUAUAUUGCUGUGUUUUUCUGAGAAUUUGCUACGCUUUAUGAAUGUAAUUCUUCCUGUGGAAGUAUGUGAGUGUCCGUGACUCUUGUGAAACCUGAACACUUGAGUUGAUCUGAUGCCUGUGUGUUUGUGCGUGUGUGUGCAGGGUUGUUUCUGCAUAGAAAAAUCUUGGGCAAGACUUAAUAAAAAUGUAUUGGGAUGGAAAAACAUUUUCAGUGUAAACUUAAAUGACUUAAACCAUAUAUAUAUAUAUAUAUAUGAUGAUCUUUGAGAACUAACAAUCACCCCAAAUAAAAUCUAGCCCGUUAGGGAGAAUCAAAAAUUCAAAAAAUUAUGCAUUCAGUAUUUUUGUCAUGUCAUGGGGCCCCCAAUGAGUUUGUUAUGUUUGAGUCACUCCGAUAGCAUAACAACGCAUAAACCAUGGCAAAAUGUGUAGAUUUUAUGAAAAUGUAUAUUGAAAAUUAUUCUUCUCUCACAUCAUGACAAAUGUGUAUAAUUGCAGGACAUUUUUGUUCUGCGGCCAAGAGGGCCUCUAAAAUGUUCAGUCGGCAACCUCACUAUUCACCACGCCCCCGUCACAGCCACUAUCCUAACCCUAAUUUUGAUCCAGAAAAAACCUGGUGGGUGUCUGCACGUACACUCCUGUACGUAUUUAUUUGGACGCUGAAGCUAAAACAUUUUAAUUCAGCUCUAUACUUUAGCAUUUUGGAUUUAAGAUGAAAUGUUUCAUAUGAGGCGAACAGUACAGCAAGUCAUCUUUUAUUUUCAGGUAUUUUCAUAUAUAUCUUUUACCAUUUAGAAAUGAAAGCACUUUAUGAAUCUAGUCCUCCCAUUUUAAAGGCGUCAAAUACUUUAAUCUCUAAACGAUAAAACGGAUAUGUAUGUGAAUACUCUAAAAAGGUGACAUUCUGUACCAUCUCCUCAUAUGAAACAAUUGAUCUCUGUAGAAUAGCGGACCUAGAGUAUCCAAGUGAGGUGAUGGGUGGGAAUGAGGUGAUGUAACAUUUUGUAACAUUUAUAAACCAUUGCACCUGACCUAAAUGCUGCUUUUAUUAAAGGGAAUUAUUUUGAAAAGA